AUGCCCGCUGUUCCUAAAUCUGCUCUCUCGGGCGGUUCUCUCCUCCUCGCAUGGCAGCUCAAGGAUAAACACGUCCUCAUCGUCGGCGGUGGCGACGUCGCCUCAGGUCGAAUCGAAUCCGUCCUCGUCGCUGACGCUCGCAUCACCCUCAUUUCCCCACGCGAAGGGCUGCAUACACGCACGAAAAGCUUCAUCGAGUCCGAGCCUCGCAUCACCCACCAUGACCGCGUUUUCGCCGGUCCCACCGACCUCGACGAUGUCGACAUGGUCCUCACCGCCAUUGAUGACGUCGACACCACCGGCGAAAUAUGCACGCUCUGCAGGACGCGUCGCAUCCCCGUAAAUGCCGCCGACAUUCCAUCUUCCUGCGACUUCUACUUUGGCUCCCAGAUCCGUAGCGGGCCUCUCCAGAUCAUGAUUUCCACCAACGGACAGAGCCCCAAGCUUGCGAACAUCAUUCGGCGUCGGAUUGAAAACGCGAUCCCAGAGUACGCGGGCGACGCUAUCAUCAAGGUCGGCGAGCUCCGUAUCAAGCUCAGAGAGCGCGCCCCGGGCGUCGGCGGAGAGCUGGGCAGGCGCAGGAUGCGGUGGAUGGUGGAUGUAUGCACAGCAUGGGAGAUGGAGGAGCUCGCGUUACUCGACAACGAGAUGAUGUCCAAGUUGCUCGAUGACGGUUGGGAAAAGAACCGCGUCCCAUCCCUCGAAGACGUCGGAGGGAAGCCCAAGAAACGCUCGUUGGCUCGCGUUUCGCAGGUUCCUGGCCUGGUCACUCUCGGAUUCGUCGUCGGCGCUGUGUCUACCGCUCUCGUCAUGCUCAAUUUCCGUCGGCGUUCGUAA